AUGAUGAUGUCAUCGUUCCUCUACACCAUCUCCUCCGGCCCCACUUUCUCCUCAACCUUUUGGCCGUCCUUCUGUGGUCCCCACGACCCCUACUCGCAGCACUGCCUCUCCACACCCCUCCUCUCCUCCUCCGCCCCUCCUCUCUCCUCCACCCCACCCAGCCUCCUCCUCCUCCCCUCCUCCCGCCACAACACUCUCUCCCAAUUCUCCCCCGCUUCCCUCCCUAACAUCACUCCCUCCAUAGUCACAUGGAACCAAAUAGAGCGCCUAGCGACAGAGGAAACCAGCCCAGGGUACCUACCUCCGUGGCUGCUCUACCUCCCAGUCUCCCCGUGCCUGCAGCACGCGUCCUUCCUGCUCUUCUCAGCCUUCUUCAUCAUCUGCACCCUCUCUCACCUCCUCAUCCUCCCCAAACCCCAACACGCACAUUCCAGCCCCGCUUCCCCCUCCUCCUCUUCCGGUCCUUCCUCUUCCCCUUCUGUUCCUGGCCCUUCCUCUUCCUCCUCCGCCUCCCGUCCCUCUGCCCCGUCUGCUCCUGCCUCUCGCUCCUCCCGCCCCCCCGGGUCUGACGUUCAGGGUGCUCCUGACACAGCAGAUACCGCAGGGGCAGAGACACACUGGAAAGCAGGACCGGGGUACUGGCUCUCUCUCUUCCUCUCCCUCCUCCUCUCAGUCUCCUGGGCGCUUCUCAUCCUAUCUGCCCUUCUCAUCAUGCUUGUCAAUCCGGCUGGCAGCAAGCAGCACGGGGCGCAUCCCCAUGUGCUGGCGUAUGCAGCUGGGCAGGUGGUAACCUGGUUACUGGCGCUACGGGUGUUACUGCUGUACGGCAAGAGAAGGGACCAGAGGCUCGUGGGUUCGGCUAGGGUUUGGCUGUUUGCGAAUGCGGGUGCUGUGCUGUUACUCUCUGCUGGUGUGGUGUUACGGUUUGGUUCCCCUGGAGGGUUGAAGGCAGAAUCAGGAGGGGCAGUAGGAGAAGGGGUUCUUGCUGGAAAUAGCCGAGGGAAUUUUGGGGUGUGGAGCGAUUUUCUGACGCUGGUUACCCUUCCGGUGGCUCUCCUUUUCGGGGCGUUUGCAGUGAAUGGACGGCCGGGAUGGGCUCUUCCUCGUGCAGAAUCUCAGCCAUCGGAUGUCGAAACUAUAGAGGAUGGGUUGCGCACUCCAUUGCUGAUUGGUGGAGGGGAAAUCAGAGAAAGCCACGUGGCGGGGAAGGAGAAGAAGCAGCAUCGGAAAUCGAAUCUCUCAAGACCGACAGGGAAGGAGUCAGGGGCAGAAGCAGGGCAGGGGGAUAAGCGCCGUCGGUCACAGUUAGAACAGUUGCAGGAUGAAGAGGAGGAGGAGGAGCAGGAGCAGAAGAAGCAGCAGCAGGAGCCUCCUAUGACUCUCUACGCCUCUGCUGAUUGGCUCUCAGCUCUCACAUUCGGAUGGGUCUCGCCGUUCCUGGAGGCAGGUGCGGAGAAGACCGUGGCUGUGGAGGACGUGCCGAGCCUACAGGCCUGCGACCGCGCCGAAGCUAACUUCCGAGCCUUUGACGCCAGCUGGGCAAGGCAGGUUGCUGAGGCUGAAGCUGCCGAAGCUGCAGCAGCAAGGGGCGGGGGAGCAGGUCUUAUCCCUUUCUUUAGCGGCCCCUUUUCCCUUUCGCAGGCCUGUUCCUGUGAAAACCUCUGCACCGCACUCUAUCGCUGCAUCUCCGUCCUCUCAUCCUGCCUUCACUCCCUCAAAUCCUUCCUCACCUCACUCUACACCUCUCCGUACACCCAGCAAGAAGACAGCAAAGACUCGGCCACUGCAGAAAAAACCAAGGAAGACAAAGAAGAGGAGGGAGAGCAGACACAGCCCAAGGCAACGGUAACCCGAGCUCUCUGGGAGUGCUUCUGGAGGCCGCUGGUGCUGACAGGAGUGCUGGCGCUGGGUAAAACCAGUGUGAUGUAUGCAGGGCCGCUGCUGCUGGCGAGCUUUGUGCAGUUUGCGGCGGGGGAGAGGGCGUUUCCGGGGGAAGGGGUGGUGCUUGUGGUCGCGCUGUUCCUGUCCAAGGCGUCUGAAAUUGUUCUGGAACACCAGUUUAACUUCCGAUCCGAGGUGCUCGGACUGGAUAUCAAGGCGGCUCUGGUGGGGGCUCUCUAUCGCAAGGGGCUGCGGCUGUCCAGCAAGGCGAAGCAGAGACACACCAUUGGGGAGAUUGUGAACUACAUGUCGACAGAUGCGCAGCGCCUAGCGGACCUCAUGUGGGAGCUGCACAACAUCUGGGUGCUGCCACUACAGAUCGUAUGCGCCCUCGUCAUUCUCUUCCACGUGGUGGGCAUAUCCAUGCUCUCCGGCCUGGGAGUGAUGCUGGCAGUCAUGCUCGCCAACCUUCUAGUAGCAUCCGGCAUCCACCGAUUCAUAACCGAAAUCAUGUCAGCCAAGGACGCGCGCAUGAAGGCCACCUCGGAAGCCCUCUCCUCCAUGAAGAUCAUCAAGCUCUACGCGUGGCAGCAGCACUUCCAGGAGAAAAUCCAAUCUCUCCGCGACUCCGAAGCCUCCUGGCUGGUCAAAUUCAUGGCCUACGCAGCAGUAAACAUCUUCCUCCUCUGGCUCACCCCGCUCGCGGUCUCCGUGGCGACUUUCGGUACGAUGGUGGCUCUCGGUGUGCCGCUUACCCCGGCGUCGGUUUUCACUGCGAUUGCGACGUUUCGGAUCCUGCAGGAGCCGCUGCGGUCGUUCCCGUCGGUGAUCAGCGCGGUCACGCAGGCCAUGGUGUCGCUGAAAAGGCUUUCGAGGUUUUUGUCGGAUGAGGAGUUGCAGUGGGAUGCGGUGGAGAGGGUGGAGAGAGGAGCGGGAGGAGGGAGGGGAGAGAAGGGAGAGAGGGAUGGUGUGCUUGUGAAUGGGGAUGGGAGUGGAGGGGAAGUUGUAAUCAGCCAGGAGCAGCAGGAAGGGGAGGGGAAGAGGGGGAUGGAGAACGGGAAGGAGAAAGGGAAGGGGGAGCAAGAGGAGGGGACGAGGAAGAAGAAGGAAGGAGAUGAUGACGUGGUGGUGAGGAUUGAGAAUGGCACGUUCAGCUGGGAUGCGGAUCCAGAGAAGACCACGUUGACUGGCGUUGACCUGGAGAUCAGGCGGGGCAUGCGCGUGGCGGUGUGUGGGACGGUGGGCGCCGGCAAGUCGUCUCUGCUGUCCUGCAUCCUGGGUGAAGUGCCCAAGCUGCAAGGGAAGGUGUGUGUAUCAGGUCCCACGGCCUACGUGCCCCAGUCCGCGUGGAUCCAAAACGCCACCAUCCGGCACAACAUUCUGUUCGGCCAACCCUUGGACCGAGCCCGCUACCACCACACGCUGCACCAGUGCUCGCUCCUCGCUGACCUGCGCCUGUUUCCUUUGGGGGCCGACACGCAGAUCGGGGAGAGAGGGGUGAAUCUGUCCGGUGGGCAGAAGCAGCGGAUUCAGCUGGCGCGGGCGAUGUAUGCAGGGGUGGGGAUGGGUGCGGAGGUGUAUCUGCUGGACGAUCCGUUCAGUGCUGUGGACGCGCAUACCGGUUCAGAGCUUUUCAUGGAGUAUGUGCUCAAGGGGCUGGCAGGGAAGACAGUCAUCCUGGUGACGCACCAAGUGGAGUUCCUUCCCGCUGCUGACCUCAUUCUGGUGAUGAAGGAGGGGCGCAUCGUGCAGUCGGGCCGCUACGACCAGCUGCUGGCAGAGGGAACGGACUUCAGUGCCCUCGUGGAAGCACACACUGAUGCUCUGGAGAGUGUUGGAACUGCCACGGCUGCUGCUGCCACCACUGCUGCCGCUGCUGUUGCUGCUGCCGAUGAAGCUGCAGCAGCUGCUGCGUCUUCCUCUGCUCCUCCUCCUGUCGAUUCUGUGACCUCCGCUGCUCUUCCUGCUGAGGCUGCAGCUGCCGCUCCGCUCCUCCCCAAGCCACCUGCCGAACCUAUCCAUAGCAACCCGCACCUCUCGCAGCUUCGGAAAGAAUCUGCACCGAACCUGCGAAAAAGCUCGGAACCGAACCUGCUGCGCAAAACCUCGCGCGCGCAGCUUCGGAAAAUGUCCGACCCUAUGCUGCUGCACACAGCAUCCCCAGAAUCCCACCAGAUUCUAGAGAACAUGGAAGUUGAUGAGUCAGGUGGUGCUGCUGGUGGUGCCGCUGGUGCUGCUGGUGCUGCUAGGGGGGCUGCAGGGGAGGAUGGGGAUGGGCAGCUUAUCAGUGAGGAAGAGCGGGAAUCUGGGCGGGUUUCUUUGGCCAUAUACUGGCAGUACAUGACGAAAGCGAUGGGCGGCUGGCACGUGCCGCUGCUGCUGCUGGUCCAGCUGGCGUGGCAGGCGCUGCAGAUCGGAUCUGACCUGUGGCUGGCCACGUACAGCUCAGCAGGGACUGGGAACAGCUCAGCAGAUGCAGGGUACACGUCAGCAGGAGCUGGGUAUACGUCAGCUGGGGCUGAGUACAGCUCAGCAGGGGUCGAAUUCAGCAACAGUAUUCUAGCCAACCUCACCUCUCCAUUCUCGUCUUCUCUCCCCGCAAAUCUCUCCUCGUCCUCCUUCACCCCAUCCUUUUCCUCCGCACUUUCCUCCUCCCUCUCCUCCUCUCUCUCCUCCCCCCUCGCAUUCCUCACCCCCUCAGCCAUCACCCCCUCCGCCUUCAUGAAGCUAUACUCGUUAUUAGCUCUGGGCAGCGGCCUGUUUGUGCUGCUGCGAACAGCAGUCAUAUCAUGGGCGGGUGUGAUGACCACCCAGGCGUUCUUCCGAAGCAUGCUGCAAACUGUAUUCCGAGCGCCCAUGUCGUUCUUCGACUCCACUCCCAUCGGGCGAAUCUUAUCCCGGGCCUCCACAGAUCAAAGUGCUCUCGACUUGGACCUGCCAUUUCAGUUCGGCUCGCUCCUCGCCAUGGUGUUCCAGCUGCUCGGCAUUCUCUUUGUCACAUCCUACAUCACAUGGCCUGUGUUCUACGCCAUUAUCCCGUUGACUUACCUCUACUUCUCCUUCCAGGAGUACUAUCUAAUGACAUCGAGGGAGCUCUCUCGUCUGAACGGGGUUACCAAGGCGCCCAUCAUUGAGCACUUCAGCGAGUCGCUGUCAGGGGCAGCAGUGAUUCGAGCAUUCGCCCAGCAGCCCCGAUUCGCUCAAAAGAGCGCAGAGAGGGUGGACACCAACAAUCGAGUGGCAUUUCAUUACGGCGCAUGCACCGUGUGGCUGGGCGUGCAUCUGGAGCUGCUAGGGGCGCUGUUGCUGUGCUUCUCGGCUUUCAUGCUCGUGUGGCUGCCUCCUUCAGUCAUUUCCCCAGGUUUAGCGGGCAUGUCUCUGUCCUAUGGUCUCGCCCUCUCCCAAGGUCUAUUCUACGUGGUGUGGGUGUGGUGCGCGCUUGAGAACCAGAUGGUCUCCGUAGAGCGAAUCCUCCAGUUCUCCCACCCCAACGUGCCCCCCGAAGCACCGCUCUCCAUCCCUUCCCACCGCCCUUCCUCCUCCUGGCCCGACCACGGCGCAAUCACCUUUGAAAACCUCCAAAUCCGGUACCGACCAGACCUCCCAUUGGUUCUCAAAGGCGUGAGCUUGCAGAUCAAUGGUGGGGAGAAGGUCGGGGUGGUCGGGAGGACGGGCAGCGGGAAAUCAACGCUCGUCGUCGCUCUGUUUCGGCUCGUCGAGCCAACGGCAGGCCGGGUGGUGAUCGAUGGUGUGGAUACAACCAGGAUCGGGCUGACGGACCUGAGGAGCAGGCUCGCGAUCAUUCCUCAGGACCCGACCCUGUUUCAGGGCUCGGUUCGGAUGAAUGUGGAUCCGGCUGGGGAGUAUCGGGAUGAGGAGAUCUGGGAGGCGCUGGACAGGUGCCAACUGGGGGAGGUGGUUCGUGGCAUGGAAGAAAAACUGGAAGCACAAGUGGUGGAAGGAGGGGAGAACUGGAGUGUGGGGCAAAGGCAGCUGUUCUGUCUCGGGAGGGCCUUGCUGAAGCGCACCCGCAUUCUUGUGCUGGAUGAGGCGACGGCGUCCGUUGAUUCGGCGACCGACGCGGUGAUCCAACGGACGAUAAAGGAGUGCUUUGGCGACGCCACCAUCAUCAGCAUCGCGCAUCGGAUUGCGACUGUGAUCGACAGCAAUAAAGUGGUCGUCAUGGACCAAGGCACUGUAGCCGAGUGUGACGAGCCGGCUAAGCUCCUGGAGGAUAAGACAUCCAUGUUCUCGCGUCUUGUAGCGGAGUACUCUGCUCGCUCCACCGACAUGGCGGAUGUUGCAAGGAGCAUGUCCAUAGAUAACCUGGAAGCUGUUGGUAGAGAGUCAUCGUCAUGA